AACCUCGGAACUUUCUAUCAAUAACAACAAAAGUGCUGUCUGGUCUGUGUGACAGGCAUCUGCUGCUGCCGCAGCAAUAUGGCGCUGUGGUGUGGUGUGAACGGUACGCUGGGGUCUCCUGCACGGCUCCUGUGCUCUGUACUGCGGGCAGCAUCGCACAGACCUGCAGCUGCUCCCUUCUGCACAGCAGUCACAUCUGGAAGAGUACACGUUAAUGGCGUUAAUCUGCAUUAUCAGCGCACGGGCUGUGGAGAUCAUGUGGUUCUGCUCCUUCCUGGUGCUUUAGGAAGCACUCAGACAGACUUUGGACCACAACUCAAGUAUUUGAAUAAAGAAACGUUCACUGUUGUGGCGUGGGAUCCUCAGGGAUAUGGGCUGUCUAUCCCACCAGCUCGAGACUACCCCACAGACUUUUUUUCAAGAGAUGCAAAAGAUGCAGUAGAUUUGAUGCAGGCUCUAAAUUUCAAGAAAUUCUCCUUGCUAGGUUGGAGUGAUGGGGGUAUCACUGCACUCAUAGCAGCUGGGUCUUAUCCAUCUCUUAUUCAUAAGCUUGUUGUAUGGGGAGCCAAUGCUUAUGUGACUGAAGAGGAUCUACAACUUUAUAAUGCUGUAAAAGAUGUAGCCAAUUGGAGUCCAAGGAUGAGAGAGCCUAUGGAAAAGCUAUAUGGAAAGGAGUAUUUUGCUAAGACCUUUUCAGCAUGGGUUGAUGCUAUGAGUCAUUUCCCUAGGAGAUCGGAUGGUAAUAUUUGUCGACAUUUGCUUCCCCUCAUUGAUUGCCCAACGUUAGUUAUUCAUGGUAUGAAGGAUGCUAUGGUGCCACCAUUUCACCCACAAUUUAUUCAUCAGCAGUUAAAGAAUUCAAGGUUGCAUCUGAUGCCAGAGGGCAAACAUAAUCUCCAUCUAAAAUAUGCUGCAGAGUUUAACAAACUAGUCGAAGAUUUCUUAUGCUCAACAUGAGUUUUUCCAUUGGUUCACAUUGUGAGUUGCAGGUCACUGUCUCCAUGGUAACUACCAGUUGGAUCAAUGCCGUGUUCAUCACUGAUGACUUCCCAGAACUGUCAAGAGAAUAUAAAAUAAAUGUUUGAAUACUCAUUGGCAUUGUUAUAGAUUACAAUAUAGCACCAAGCCUAAUUCCACAUGGUAAGAGAACUGAAAUAUGCCUGUAAAGUACUACAGUGUUUAAUUACAUGAAAAAAAAACCCAUUAUUGAAACAGGACUAAGGAAGAAGACUAACAAUUUGAAUAUAUUAAUUAAAAAGUGAAGCAGACACCUAUUAUUGAAGAUGAAUACAAAUCUUCUGAAAUAUAAAUUAAAAUAAAUACAUUUAGCAAAUAA